AACCAGAUUUCUACUCCUACAAAACAAAAAUCGCAGAGAUUAACCUUAAGAUUUUGUUUGCAGGUUUCUAUGGCAACAGCAGCUUCUUGGCCAGCCAGCGAGUGAAUCCUUUGGUCGAUCAGCACGUGUCCGUCAUCAGCAGUGUGGGAAGCCUUCGCCCUUUCUCCGCAGCGUACUCCGAGGUCCACGACCCGCUGAACAUCCUGGACGAACCAGGAAGGAAAACAUCAGGAAGCUUCUUCAGCGAGGCAGAAUCUGGAACAGGUCAUCCUCUUCCCGCCUCCGGAUCUGCGACCUGCAUGUUCGGACUUCCGUCUCCGUUCAGCUCCCAGGACGCUCUGACGUCUCUGCAGCGCGGCGCCGCCUCCUCAGAGGUACAGGACCUGGUUUCCUCGCUGCCGCCCAUCAACACCGUGUUCAUGGGGGGGGCGCAGUGAUCGCACAAACACACAGAAAGAAAUAACUGUUUUUAUAAAGAACUCUUAGGCUUAUAUUAACUUAUGGAAAAUAACUAAUACACACUGAAAUAAUAUUGAAAAGAACUGCAUAAGUUUCUGUCUCUUCAUGUCUUCUGUGUAUAAAUAAAAUGAGAAGCUGACUGACCGCACAACAUGUGAAAAACGACCCGGAUGGUUUUUGUCGCUGCUGGUUUAGUUUCAGAGACAAAACUAUUUUAAACUGGUAGCUACAGGUAUUAGGAAGAUCCAGGUCUUUAUUUCAUCCUCUAAGCUUGUGAAGCAGAGCAAAAGGAAAAAAUAUGUAAAUGUUAUUAAAAUGUGUUUUCAGAA